CUUAUGUACACGUAUGUAUGUUAAUAAAUAUUUUGCUUGCAUUUACCUACCUGAUUGACGUAUGUCAAUAAUAGCUUGUUCAUGAUAAGAUUUGCCAUCAUUUCACCACGACUGCGCCUAGACAGAUAUACGUAUAUACGUGUAUUUAUUUAUGCAUUUCAUUUUAUAUAAAUAUACAUAAUCAACAAAGAUCAUAAAGCAAUCAGACCUAUGAAUACAUCAGAUCGUAACAAGUACAAAAAAAAAAACGGCUAAUUGACAAUAAAAAUAUAUAAUAUUAUAACAAAAAACAUACAUACAUAUGUAUUUGAAAGUCAUAAAUAACCGUUAAUCUAAAAGCAAAGCCUGCUUUCGUAUAUAAGCCAGCUGUGAACGCUUUCCACCUUUCUUCAGCUACCACUCUCUGACCGAUCAACAAAGUGCAAAAAUAUAUUUUAGUUGUUUCUAAAAAUAUAUAAAAAGUGAUGCUAACUAUUUAAAGGUUAUUAAAUGAACUGAAUGUAGUUAUUUGUGAAUUUAUGUGCGAGUUUGAAAGUGAUUAAUUUAAUUAAAAAAUUAAUUCGAAAUCCUCAUUUAUACAUUCAUUGAACGAAUAAGUGCAGUGCCCCAGAAUUGAGGAAGUGAAUUAAUUGAAAAGAAAUCACAGUCAAAUACAAAAUAAAUCAAGGAAGUAACAACAAAUAAAAAUACUACAUUAGUUGGGCAAGAAAAUAAAUUACUCAACCAGCAACAGCAGCCAUUCAGCAUUCGAACAUAAAAAGUACAAAAAAUCUACCAUACAAAGAUGUCAACGCACGCCAAUCGAAAACGCAAAUUUAUUUAUAAUUUAAUCACAGUUUUAACUGUUCUAGUACAAGGAACGUACGGUCAAUCGUUUUUACUCAGUUUGGGACAAAAUCAGCGGAACUAUUUUCCCGAAGACAAUACGCCUGAGACAUUUGUGAAUACACCGCUUAACGGACAUAUAAAUUACACGGAUACAGUGACGAACAUACAUUUGGAUACGCGUGAGGAGUUUGAUGAUAAUAAUACAACGAUAAUUGUUAUUAAAAGCACUGUCAGAGAACAAUCCAACGAAUUAUCACAAACUGCCAUGGAUAUCAUAACGAUCGUUUGGUAUGUGGCCACAUUUCUAGCAUUGGCCGCCUUCUUUCUACUCAUGGCCUGCUCAGACAGACGCUGCACAGAUAAUCGCGCUAAUAUUUUGGCCAAUGAGGCGCCCAUAGCACCGCCCACACCAUCACCUUCCUACAGUGAAUUCGCACCGCCCAGUUAUGAAACAGUGAUCAAAAUGCAACAUGCUGCCAAAACGAGCAUUUUCGUGAUACCCUUUCCACCUUUGGAUGUGCCAAGAAAUAAGGACGUUAGCAGUAAUACCAAUGGCAGUAGUCUACACACACCGCCGACACCCACGACGCCGGCGAUUAACUUUUAUACAGUGAACGAAUUAGAGAAAUUUAGUUGCUAGUUGGGUAGAUUGACGUAUUUGUGGUAUACUGUACACUGGCUGUAUGUACUUGUAUGUAUGUAUGCAUGUAGAUUUCAUUGAUUUACGCCGGCUCGUGGCGUUAUAAAUAGGCAUUGGAACUGAGCGCAAAACUUAUGAGGGGUUUGCAAACUGAUAAAAAGUUAGGCUAAAUCAUUAUUAAAGUCAAUUUCAAAGAAUCUAUGUCUGCGUUUGAUAACAGUUACCUAUAUAUAUACAUACAUAUGUACAUACAUAGGUGUACGACAAAACUGGGUAUAUAUACGAGUAGAUAUCUUGUUUUCGGUUGGAAAACAAAUGUAAUUUUCUCAAAUGAUCUGUGAUAUUAGUUGAAGCUUCAUAUGUAUGUGUGUUUUUGCAUUUGUAUGUACAAAUAUAUGUAUAUAUAUCUAUAUAUUUAAGUAUGCUUUGCUAUUUUAAUUUGCAAUGCAAGUCAGUAAAUUUAGCGAAACAUAAGAAAAUAUUGUAUAUACAUAUAUAUAAUUACAAGGCAUAUUUAUAAAAUCGCACACACACAAACAUAUAUACACGUGUGUAAUCGUAAUACACCCCGGUAAUCGUUAACGAAUGUCAUGCGACCCGCGCAUAUUUACUUAUGUAGGUAUUUUGUUUGUAAACAAUAAUUAAAAGCGCAAAUACAUUCAUAUAUAUUUACAUAAGAUGUGUCAGGUGUUUAAUCCUUGCAUUAAUUAUAUUUGUAUAGCCAUAUUCAGAAAUUUUUUUCUAUGUUAUACUACUUAAAGUGUAAUGUCUAUGCGAGUGUAUAAUUAUCAAUAUAUAUAUAUAUAUAUACAAUAGUUGUUUACAUGUGUAAGUUAAAGACUGAAUUAAUUGCGAAAAUAUGCAAAACUCAUAUUUUCUAUUGUAAUUAGUCGGCGCUUUAAGUUUCGCUAUUAGUUAUAUAAGUGUUUAUUUGAAAAACAAUUGUUAGUAUAAAUAAUGAAUCAUAAAAUUUUAUAUUUAACACAAUUAAGCUCAAAA